CUCUCGGAGAGUCCCGGCUUCAGUGCGGCCGCGGCAGCUGGCGGAGGGCAGGCGGAGGGCUACUUUCGUAACGUCCUCUGAGAGAAACAGCGUCUGCGAGGCGGUGUUCAUCAUGUUCUCCUUCAACAUGUUCGACCACCCGAUUCCCCGGGUCUUCCAAAACCGCUUCUCCACGCAGUACCGCUGCUUCUCCGUGUCCAUGCUAGCGGGGCCUAAUGACAGGUCAGAUGUGGAGAAAGGAGGGAAGAUAAUUAUGCCACCCUCAGCACUGGAUCAACUCAGCCGACUUAACAUCACCUAUCCCAUGCUCUUCAAACUGACCAAUAAGAACUCGGACCGCAUGACACACUGUGGCGUGCUGGAGUUUGUGGCUGACGAGGGCAUCUGCUACCUCCCACACUGGAUGAUGCAGAACUUGCUCUUAGAAGAAGGGGGCCUGGUCCAGGUGGAGAGUGUCAACCUUCAGGUGGCUACCUACUCCAAAUUCCAGCCUCAGAGCCCCGACUUCCUGGACAUCACCAACCCGAAAGCCGUAUUAGAAAACGCACUGAGAAACUUUGCCUGUCUCACCACUGGAGAUGUGAUCGCCAUCAACUACAAUGAGAAGAUCUACGAGCUGCGGGUGAUGGAGACCAAACCUGACAAGGCUGUGUCCAUCAUUGAGUGUGAUAUGAACGUGGAUUUUGACGCUCCCUUGGGCUACAAGGAACCCGAGAGACAAGCCCCGCACGAGGAGUCAACAGAAGGUGAAGCUGACCACAGUGGCUAUGCUGGAGAGCUGGGCUUCCGCGCAUUCUCUGGCUCUGGAAAUAGACUAGAUGGAAAGAAGAAAGGGGUAGAGCCCAGCCCCUCUCCCAUCAAGCCUGGAGAUAUUAAAAGAGGAAUUCCCAAUUAUGAAUUUAAACUUGGUAAGAUCACUUUCAUCAGAAAUUCACGUCCACUGGUCAAAAAGGUUGAAGAGGAUGAAGCUGGAGGCAGAUUCGUGGCUUUCUCUGGAGAAGGACAGUCAUUGCGAAAAAAGGGAAGAAAACCCUAAGUUGGAACUGUUGGCUGAUUAGCAAAUAAAAGAAUCAAUUACAGCA